UUUUGUUCUGGACCUUGAAGUCCAGUCCUUACCCCUCGUCGUAACUACCUCUUUCUUUGCUGGCUUCAUUGUUGCUGUAUUUUUGUUCUAUUCAUCUGCUUCAGAGCUCUUCCAUUUGCUGCCAUUCAUUUGGAUCCUGACAUUAUCCUGUUUUUAUUUGCACUCAGAAAAGUGCAGCAAAACCCAAAAUUCGAAGGCAUCCAUGAUGUCUUUACCAUUCUACCAAAGACACCACGAGCACUAUGACCGUGCGUACCGCCACAAAGCGCUGUUGUCCACUGUGAGCCAGUACCAAAAGGAGACAAAGAGCAAAUCUGCCCUCUAUGCUCAAGGAUCUGCUGCUUACGCCAGGGGCUCUGCUGCCUACCGCCACUCGUCUGCAGCAGGCUUCAGCCUUGACUCCUCAGCAGCUUACAGCCAUGGCUCUUCAGCCCACGACCUGGAGUCGGCAGCCUACAGCUAUGGAUCCACAGCCUACGACCACUCUGCCGCGCAAAGCAAGAGAUCUGCUGCCUACAGCCUUGACUCCGAGUCCCUCAGCACCAGCUCAGCUGCCUACAGCCACGCAUCUGAAUCCAUCAACAAGCUGGCUGCAGCCUAUCGGCUGGGAUCUGAAGCCUACAGUUUUGGACUGAAAAAUUCCAACUUAAUGAUAGAAGAUCAGUCCUAUAAGAUGAGUCCCAAAGCAAAGAGAGCAAAACAGAGUUUGAUAUCAGAGGACAAAGAGAACAAAGCCUUAGACUACUCAGUUCCCAUAUUCACAGGACGAGAAGUGAAUAUCAGUGGUAUCACAGACACUGAAGAAGAGAGAAUUAAAGAAAGUGCUGCAUAUGUUGCCAAGAGGAACCUUUUUGCCACAGGGGAAGGAGUUAGUGUCAGCAAGGUGGCCAAGACUUCUGAAGAGGAACAUCAUGAAAAAAAAUCAAGGAAAGUGGCGAUCCGGGAGUCUGCUGAACGUGUAGCCAUGAAGAAAACGCUAGAAGAGACUCAGGCAUUCCAUAGAAAGUUGAAUCAAGAUAAACUCUUACAUGCUCCUGAGUUUAUCAUUGAGCCUCGUUCCCACACUAUCUGGGAAAAGGAAAAUGUUAGAUUUAAUUGUUCCGUGGCUGGCUGGCCAGAACCCCGUGUUACAUGGUACAAGAAUAAUGUGCCCAUUGAUGUACAGGCUCACCCUGGCAAGUAUAUAAUUCAAAGUCGAUAUGGGCUGCAUUCCCUGGAGAUUACUGAAUGUGAAUUUGAUGACACUGCCCAGUACCAUGCUUCUGCUAUGAAUGUUAAAGGAGAAGUGUCGGUUUAUGCUUCCCUCGUGGUAAAAAGGUACAAAGGAGAAAUUGAUGCAAGUCUUUUGCAUGCUAGAAAUCUUUCCCUGUCUCCAUUUGCUGUUACUCCUCAUGGCUAUGCUUCCAGGUUUGAAAUCAGCUUUGUUGACAAGUUUGAUGUAGCCUUUGGGAGAGAAGGUGAAACAAUGAGUCUGGGCUGCACAGUUGUCAUCAAUCCUGAUAUCAAGCGCUUCAAACCAGACGUUGAGUGGUACAGAAAUGGUGUUCUUAUUACACCAUCCAAAUGGGUCCAGAUGCAGUGGAGCGGGGAGCGAGCUUCUUUGACACUGACUCAUGCAAACAAGGAAGAUGAAGGUCUUUACACGCUCCGAGUGGCGAUGGGAGAGUACUAUGAAGAGUACAGUGGUUAUGUCUUUGUUCGAGAUGCUGAUGCUGAAAUCCCUGGAGCCCCUGGUGCACCACUAGAUGUGCAGUGCUUAGAUGCCAACAAAGAUUAUGUCAUUGUCUCCUGGAAGCAACCUGCUGUCGAUGGAGGAAACCCCAUCCUUGGGUAUUUCAUUGACAGGUGUGAGGUUGGCACCUCCCACUGGACCCAGUGCAAUGAGAAUCCUGUGAAGUUUGCUCGUUUUCCUGUCACUGGUCUGAUUGAAGGCCGUUCCUAUAUUUUCCGAGUCCGAGCUGUGAACAAAGCUGGUGUCAGCCUGCCAUCCCGGGUGUCAGAGCCUGUGGCUGCUCUGGAUCCUGCAGACAGAGCCAGGCUUAGAAGUCACCCUUCUGCUCCUUGGACUGGACAGAUUAUUGUGACUGAGGAAGAACCUGCAGAGGGUGUUGUUCCUGGUCCACCCACAGACCUCCAAGUUAUUGAGGCCACCAAGAACUAUGUUGUGCUUAGCUGGAAACCUCCAGGACAGCGGGGCCAUGAGGGUAUCAUGUACUUUGUGGAAAAGUGUGUUGCUGGCACAGAGGACUGGCAAAGGGUGAACACCGAGAUCCCUGUGAAGUCCCCUCGCUUUGCAGUUUUUGAUUUGUCUGAAGGCAAAUCCUACUGCUUCCGAGUUCGCUGCUGCAAUUCAGCUGGAAUUGGUGAACCCUCAGAAGCAACUGAAGCCACCAUAGUGGAUGACAAACUCGAUAUUCCCAAAGCUCCUGGCCGUAUUAUGCCAACUAGGAAUACAGAUACUUCAGUUGUUGUCACUUGGACAGAGCCUCCAGAUGCCAAGGAGCUGGUUGGGUACUACAUUGAGUCAAGUGUGGAAGGAUCUGGUCGUUGGGAACCAUGUAACAACAAUCCAGUGAAAGGCACAAGAUUUGUUUGCCAUGGGCUCAGCACUGGUGAGAACUACAUUUUCAGAGUCAGAGCUGUUAAUGCAGCAGGACUCAGUGAAUUUUCACAGGAAUCAGAGCCUAUAGAGGUGAAAGCAGCCAUUGGGGGAGGAUUGCUUCAUGCUGCCCCAUCUCCACCUUAUGACAUCGUGGUACUCGAGAGUGUCCGUGACUCGAUGGUGCUGGGAUGGAAACAACCUGAAGCCAUUGGUGGAACUGAAAUCACCGGCUACUAUGUGAACUAUAGGGAAGUGGUUGAUGGAGUUCCUGGGAAAUGGAAGGAGGCCAACAUUAAAGCUGUUACUGAGAGGGCAUACAGGAUCCAAAACCUGAAGGAAAACAUGGUGUACCAGUUCCAGGUGGCUGCUGCUAACUUGGCGGGGGUUGGGGCACCCUCCAAACCCAGCAAGCCCUUCAAAUGUGAAGAGUGGACCAUUGCUGUUCCUGGGCCACCCCAUGAUGUCAAAUGCACAGAAGUUAGGAAGGACUCUCUGGUUUUACUGUGGAAGGAGCCAGUUUAUUCUGGUCGUAGUCCCAUAGUUGGUUAUUAUGUUGAUAUGAAGGAAACUGAAGCAAAGGAGGAACGCUGGAGAAGUGUCAAUGAGAAGCCCCUUCAAAAGAAAUACUUGAAGAUUGGUGGCCUGACACAAGGUGUGAGCUACGUGUUCCGUGUGCGGGCAACAAAUCAGGCUGGCGUUGGGAAGCCAUCAGAUGUCACAGAUGCUGUCAUAGCUGAAACACGACCAGGAACCAAGGAAGUGGUGGUUGAUGUAGAUGACAAUGGAGUAAUUUCCUUGAACUUUGAAUGUGAUCAGAUGUCUCCAGACUCUAAGUUCAUUUGGUCCAAGAAUUAUGAACCAAUUGAGGAUGACCCUCGACUGAACAUGGAUACCAAAGGCGGAAAGUCAAAACUUUCCUUUAAGGAUCUUGGAGAAGAUGAUUUGGGAAUUUACUCUUGUAUUGUUACAGACACUGAUGGAGUUUCAUCAAGCUACACAAUUGAUGAAGAAGAAAUGAAACGCCUGCUUGCUCUGAGCCAUGAACGCCAAUUCCCAACUGUCCCACUUAUAUCUGAGUUGGCUGUGGAAAUCUUGGAAAAAGGAGAAGUGAGAUUCUGGCUGCAAGCUGAAAAACUGUCUGGCAAUGCAAAGGCCAAUUUUGUAUUUAAUGAUAAGGAGAUUUUCAAUGGAGAGAAAUAUAAAAUGAAGGUGGACCACAAUACCGGCCUUGUUGAAAUGAUUAUGGAUAAACUUGAGGAAAAGGAUGAAGGCACUUACACGUUCCAGCUGCAGGAUGGAAAAGCAACCAAUCAAUCUAGUCUUGUCCUCAUUGGUGAUGUAUUCAAGAAGCUACAGGAUGAAGCAGAUUUCCAGAGAAAAGAGUGGCACAGGAAACAAGGUCCUCAUUUUGUGGAUAAACUGGGAUGGGAAGUUACUGAUGAGUGUAAUGUGAUGUUGAAAUGUAAGGUGGCUAAUAUUAAGAAAGAAACACAUAUUGUGUGGUACAAAGAUGACAGGGAGAUAAUGGUAGAUGAAGAACACGACUUUAAGGAUGGCGUGUGUACUCUGCUGAUUUCAGAGUUUUCUAAGAAAGAUGCUGGCACAUAUGAAGUCAUACUGAAGGAUGACAGAGGAAAGGACUCCAGUGAGCUAAAGCUCAAGGAUACAGCCUUUGCAGAUCUGAUGAAUGAAGUAUGCAGAAAGAUUGCUUUAUCUGCAACAGACCUGAAAAUCCAGAGCACAGCUGAGGGUAUCAGACUGUACUCCUAUGUUACUUAUUAUGUAGAAGAUUUGAGAGUAGGCUGGGUGCACAACGAUACCCAGAUUAAGUUCACAGACCGGAUGAAGACUGGUGUCACUGGGGAGCAGAUCUGGUUGCAGAUCAAUGAGCCAACUCCACAGGACAAAGGCAGAUACAUAAUGGAACUCUUUGAUGGCAACACAACACACAAAAAGACAGUGGAUCUUUCUGGACAAGCCUUUGAUGAAGCCUUUGCUGAGUUUGAGAGACUAAAGCAAGCUGCGAUUGCAGAGAAAAAUCGUGCACGAGUACUUGGAGGUUUGCCCGAUGUUGUCACCAUCCAGGAGGGCAAGGCACUUAAUCUUUCUUGCACUGUCUGGGGAGAUCCCACCCCAGAGGUCUCAUGGCUGAAGAAUGAAAAAUCAUUUGUAUCAGAUGCCAAUUGCAUCCUGAAGUUUGAAUCUGGAAAAAAUGUCAGCUUUUCCAUUUCUACUGUGUCCACGCAAGACUCUGGGAAAUACAGCAUUGUUGUGAAGAACAAGUACGGUACAGAGACCAGCGACGUCACUGUGAUUGUGAUGCCUGUGUCAGGGCAGACUGACACAGUCCAAGGACACAAUCAAAAUAAUAAACCUGUAUCUAAAAAGAAAAAAGCAAUGACAGCAAACAAACAGAAGGAGGGGGGAAAGAAAGAUUUUAUUAAGCCACACGUAGAAGAAAUUACUGCUAGAGAAGAGACACCUGAUCCAAAUGAAAUACCCCCUGUGGAAACAGAAAAGGAUACAAAAAGCAAGCAGCAAGCAGCAAAGAAGACUGCUGGAAAGGCAGGAGUAGCAGAAAAAGCUCCUCAACCCACAGAAAGUUUGGAUAGGCAGGGAAAGAAACCACUGGAAAAAGCAGCCUUGGGUAAACCCACUGAACCUCAAUGAAGAAUGUGAUCCUGUCAUCAACAGGAUAAUAAGUUCAACCUGAGAUUUCAUGAGUGAUAGCUUAACCAUAAUAUUGUAACACAGAAGUUUAUUAAUAGGGUUUUUUGUGUAAUAUUUGUAAUAUUUCCUAACUUUAAAUUUAAAUGCAUAGUAAAUGGGCACUUAUGUUUCAGUACCAGAUAACUGCACUGCAGGAAUUUCUAAACAUCGGAAUAAUGAUACAUGUACUGUCAAUGUGAAUUUAAUUACUAAAAAAUGUUCAUUAUAAGCAGAGAUCAUUAGAGCAAAUCCUGUCCAGAAUGGACAUAUUUACUACAGUGUAAAGGAAUGUUGGUAUCAGUUACACAGAUGUGUUAAUCAAUAUUUAUAGGCCAUCACAGCUUGAGGCAGAUGCUGCUUACUUUUUCAAGGAAAUUAUAUAUACAGUCAUCUUCAUGCCAUGUGGGCUCUACUUCCAGUUUGGCCACAGUGGAAGAUCUCCAGAAACAGAACCAUCUCCGAUGGAUGUAGAGGGGGCAUAAGUCAUUUUCUUUUGAUCCAAGUUUCUUUCAUACAAACCUUUUUCAUCAGGCAGAUCAGGACCACAUCUGGCCAUUUCUUAUCACCAAGAUUCACAUGACUGCUUUCCAGUCCUCUCCAUUAAUUCCUUUAAAGACUUCAUGAGUUGCUGUAGAUAAAAAAGUUAGCCCAUGAAGUAUCAGCUGCCCCCCAAAUGCUAAUUUUCCUCCACAGUUUUUGCCACAACAGUCAGAUUUCUGAUAAACCCACUGCUCUUCUUCCUCAGUGGCUCAGCCCAAACCAUCCCUUCAUCCACUCACUAUCAUCACAUCCACCGGUAUCUUAUAAGAGAGUGUAGCUUCAUGAUCAUGUAAGUAAGGAAUAAAUGCAAGGCAAUCUGCAUUAAAUCGUUGCUGUGCUCAUUCAAGUUCAUUACUGUGUUCAUUCACAUGUUUAUGCUGAGGAUAUAGGAAAAUAUGACUCAUUUGCAAAUGCUUAGAUACCAUGAAAGAAGCAGAGUUCAAGCUAAAAAACAAACCAAUAAAAAUAAAGGUCAGAAUUUAUUUUGUUGCUACGAAAGCUAAGUUCAACUUUAAAGUGACCAGAAGUUAUAAAACAUAAGAAAUGACAAUAAAAUAUUUUAAUUACUAGGAAAAUAUUCAUAUUGCUUUCAACUGUAAGAAAGCUCAAUCGUAUUGUCUUUUUCCAGAUGGAUUAUUGAUGGAAGGUCACUGAAUUCCACUGGUAUUUCUAGGUGCUGGAUCUAUUACUAAUGUAGAAAUACUGAAAACAAAAGAAAUAACAGUUUCUAAUCCAUCCUUACAGAACUGUUAGCAUAAGAAAACAAAGAGUAUCAAUAGCAUGUAAAUGCACAGAAGUCAAGACACUGAUAUCCCAGAUGAGAAGAAAUUAAUUUCUUUCUAGUAGAAUUCCAAUUGGAUUCUAUUCAACUCUUUUAAAAAAAAAAACAGAAAUUUUCUGGCUGGAUGAAAUACUGCAUAGAACACUUAUAUGUAGGGAAGUAGAGUAAUAAUGUUCCUGUAAAUAAUGUAAAGGGUUUAAAAAACUUAGAUGGUCCAUAGUAAGUGACAGAAGGAUGUAGGAUGCAACAGAGAAAAAAUUGUAGAAAUCAAAAUACUGACAUCUACACAAAAUGAUGCUGGGAGAAACUUAAAUGCAGACUAAACUACAACUAAAAUAAUCCAACUACACUUAGGUACUGUUUGACAUUGCGCUUGACUCAGUUCUCCAUCACAUCUUUAUCUAAAUCAAUGUAUUGUAUCCCAGCAGUGAAGGACAUAGGUCCUUCAGAGAAAUGCAGGAAGCAGCAUUUCCAUGGCAGGACACCCCAAUGCAUGUAAUUUCUCGUGCAAUUAUUACAGAAAAUGAUAUAUAGAGAUGUGCAAUUCUAGUUACAGAGAGUGGCCCCUCAAAAGCAGUACAAAGCUGCAGGAUGUUUCGCACAACUCUCCCUUGCCAUGGCAAUUAUUUCAAGCUGCCUUACAUCUGUAAAGAUCCAUCACCUCUCACAGCUCCUUCGGGUUGGGAGCCUGCCUGCCACGAACACCAACGGCAGUGAGUAAGUUAUAUAUAGAACAGACUGUACCACUGAGAGCCUGAUCCAAUUCCUGCAAAAUGCCACAGGGGUCUCUGCAUUAGCUUUAAUAGAAAUCAAGCUAGAUCUCAGAAGAAUGUUCUAAAAAUGUCCUGAAUCUCAGAUUACAAAGCCCAUUUUUUCUCACCAUGAAGCCAAUAGCAGAUUUCUCUU